CCUCUUUGCAUCGCUCCCUCUCAGUCUGUACCUGUUACACCCUCUGGUACAUGUCCAAUGAACUCGAGCCCGUUCGACAGUUGAACCAAUACAAGCCUGCUCCAUCUGACGAGUCUCUUCGCCCUCAUAUCGAGAAGUAUUGGCGGCAGAAUAUGAGUGAUAUCCAGAUGCUUGCUCUCCUCAAGAAACACCAUAUCAAUCUGGCUGAGUACGGGCUUGGGAUUCGAACGUUUCGAAAGAUACGUGAGAGGCUUGGCUUUGUCCGCACCCGAAAGCAGGGCCAUACCGUCGAGUCAAUUCGUCCACACAUCAUUAAGCUGCGCGUUACAUAUCCAAAGGCUGGUGGGCGGGAGAUGGUAAACUUGUUGAAGUUCGAGGAGAGAAUACUGGUGUCACGGCCAGUUGUAAUGCAGUACUUCCACCUCUACGAGGCCCACCAGGUCCGUGAGCGACGGCGCGGACACUUUCGUCGAAAGCGGUUCUGGGCUGCUGGUGCAAACGACUUGUGGGCCAUGGACCAGCACGACAAGUGGAAGUACAAAUUCGGACUUGCACUUCACUCUGGAAUUGAUCCAUUCCUUGGUCUCAUUCACUGGAUGAAUAUCUGGUGGAAUAAUAGUAACCCUCGCCUUAUUCUCAAGUACUACCUGGAUGUGAUUGAGCGGCUCGGUUUCAUGCCCCUCGUCAUGCAGAGCGAUCCGGGAAACGAGAACACCGCCGUUGCCAAUGGACACACUCUGAUCCGCCACCAUCAAGAUCCCAACCUUCGAGGCAAGCUUCAGCACCGAUGGAUGCGGGAGAAAAAGAACGUUACAUCAGAGAUUACGUGGAGUCAGAUGCGCCGGCGUUUUACGCCUGGUUUUGAGAAUUUGCUCGAUGUUGGAAUUCAUGAAGGUUGGUAUGAUCCCCAUAUUCUCCUUGAAGCCCUCGUCUUUCGCUGGGUUUUCAUUCCCUGGCUUCAGGCCGAACUCGACGCAUAUCAGCACCGCAUCAACAACACUCGCAAACGCCACGAUCGCAACAAGAUUCUACCUAACGGUGUUCCAAUGCACAUGUUCGAGUAUCCCGAAGACUAUGCUAUUCUAGAUUUCAAGAUCAAAGUUGAUCCGGCUGCAAUUUCAAUGGUACGUAAAUUGUAUGCGCCGCCCACCCUUCAGAUCUUCGAAUUGGUUCCACCUGACUUCAACAUCCUCAUCUCCGGUUUUUAUUCCAACAUUGGCUCACCCUCUGUUGACCGGGAGAGCUGCUGGGACAUUUACCUCCUGCUACUGUCGAAGUUCCGCGAGCUUGAUCAGAUUCACGACGUGGACCUAAGCGCGGACGAGAAAUGGGGCUACACACUCACUCAGGCUGCUGAUGAGUACAAGGGUGAGGUCGAGCUUCUUCCUGGUCUCCAGGAGCUUCGUGGUGGAGAUGGUGUUGUUGGAGAGGAUGGCGUCUAUUAUAUGGGUGGCGUGAACGGCGGGAAUGGACUUGAUGACGGACAUCAGGCUCAGCUCAAUGCUAUGAUAAACGACGUUGAGCCGGAUGUGGGAGGCAAUGAUAUUGAGGGCGAUGACGAGUUGUUCGCGUGGUUUUCAGAUGAAGAGAGUCCCGAGGACUUUAAUAAUGCAGACAUGUGGUAGCUCAAUCUGUGCUCAUGACAGCCCGUUCUCUCCUUAUCGAUGACGAGCAGUGAUGCGCCCUAGCCCUGAA